GGUUUCUUCUACUCUUUUUUGCAUCAAAAUUAUCCUCUUUCUAUCAGUUUCUGUCGUCGCCAAUCACCUCCAUUUUUGAGUGAGAUUGACCUGAUUUUGAGAUCUCCGUAUAGUUAUGGAAACCCGGGUUCUCUCGAGUUAUGCUGGACUUAUUUAUUUGCUUAUUUUAGCGUUGUUUGGAACCUCCACUGCUAGCAAUCAGUUUCUUGGCCAGAUAUCACCAGGGUUUAAGGGGUCUCAGAUGAACUGGGUUGAUAAAAAUGGGAGGUUUCUGUUAUCCAACAACUCUGAAUUUUCUUUCGGCUUCUUCACUACUCAAAAAGUCACUUCGUUUUUGUUAGUUGUCCUCCACAUCGGCAGUUCAAAAGUAGUUUGGACUGCAAACAGAGGAUCCCCUGUUAGAAAUUCUGAUCAUUUCGUAUUUGAAGACAAUGGGAAUGCUUAUUUGGAAAUGGGUGAUGGUGUAGUUUGGUGUACAGAUACGGGAGGCAAAGGAGUUACUGUCAUGAAGUUGCAGGACAAUGGAAAUUUGGUCUUGCUCGGAAAUUAUAGUAAACCGCUUUGGCAGAGUUUCAACUAUCCCACUGAUACCCUCUUGUCUGGUCAGGAUUUCUUGGAGGGAAUGAAGCUAGUAAGCAAACCAAGCCCCAAAAAUUUGAGCUGUUAUCUUGAAAUCAGUUCUGGAGAUUUGAUUCUCAAUGCAGGCUUCCCUACUCCACAACCUUAUUGGUCUAUUUCAAAAGAGAUACGUAAAACCAUUAACAAGGUUAGUGGGGAGGUUAAAUCUGCAUCUCUGAGCUCCAAUUCAUGGAACUUUUACGAUAAAAAUCAAGUGUUGCUAUGGCAGUUUAUCUUCUCGGACAAUUCUAAUCCAAACAUCACAUGGGCUGCAGUGCUAGACUCCCAGGGGUCGAUCUCAUUCUACAGUCUUCAAAGGUCAACUGUAGCAGAGCCGAAAGUGAUUCCUCAAGAUUCUUGUGGCACCCCUGAGCCUUGUGAUCCAUAUUAUGUUUGUUACAUUGACAACAAGUGCCAGUGCCCUGAUGUUCUUGUCUCCCAACCUAAUUGUGCACCUGGGAUUGACUCUCCAUGUAAGAGUUCAAAUGGUCCAUUGGAACUUGUAGAUGCAGGGGAUAAACUUGACUAUUUCGCGCUGGGGUUUGUUCCACCAUCCUCCAAGUCUGAUCUAACUGGUUGCAAAAAUGCGUGCCUAAGUAACUGCUCUUGCCGUGCUUUGUUCUUUGACAACACUACAGGGCAAUGCUUUCUAUUUGAUCAGAUAGGAAGCUUGAAGCAGUCUAGUCAGGGAUCCACUGGGUUUGUUUCAUACAUUAAGGUUCCAAGAGAUGGAAACCAGGGGCAAAAUUCCGGAGGGAAGGGAAGCAGCAGCAGCCAGAAACACUUUCACAUCAUCGUGAUCAUUUCUGUUCUGACAGUACUAGUUAUUUCUGGUAUACUUUAUUUGGUGUUAUGGUGCCACAACAAGAAGAAAAACAUACCAGAGGCUCCUCAUAAUGAUUCAUCAGAAGAGGAUAUGUUCUUGGAGAGUAUAUGUGGUGCACCAUUUCGGUUCAGUUUCAAGGAUCUUCAGGAUGCUACUGGUAACUUCUCUGUGAAACUUGGUCAUGGUGGGUUUGGCUCAGUCUACCAGGGGGUGCUUCCUGAUGGGACUCAAUUAGCUGUGAAGAAAUUGGAGGGCAUUGGUCAGGGGAAGAAAGAAUUCCGAGCGGAAGUUAGCACCAUUGGCGGCAUCCACCAUGUCCAUUUGGUCAGGCUGAAAGGAUUUUGUGCUGAGGCAAAUCACCGGCUUCUUGUUUAUGAAUACAUGGCAAAUGGGUCUCUGGACAGAUGGAUCUUCCAGAAGGAUGGAAAAGAUGAUUUUUUGGACUGGGGAACGAGGUUUAAUAUUGCCCUAAGCACAGCAAAAGGAUUAGCUUAUCUCCAUGAGGACUGUAACGUAAAGAUUAUCCAUUGUGAUAUAAAGCCUGAAAAUGUGCUUCUUGAUGAUAAUUUUUUAGCAAAGGUCUCAGAUUUUGGUUUGGCUAAGCUGAUGACUAGGGAACAGAGCCAGGUAUUCACCACAUUAAGGGGUACCAGGGGGUAUCUAGCACCCGAGUGGAUUACAAACCAAGCUAUAUCAGAGAAGAGUGAUGUGUUCAGCUUUGGCAUGGUCUUGCUUGAGAUAAUUGGGGGAAGGAAGAAUUUUGAUUUAGCAGAGACUUCAGAGAAAGCUCAUUUUCCCUCUUAUGCCUUCAAGAUGAUGGAAGAAGGGAGAAUCAAAGAAAUCCUCGAUUUGAAGCUGAAGACACAUGAAGAUGAUGAGAGGGUGAUCACGGCAAUUAAGGUUGCUUUGUGGUGUAUACAGGACGACAUGUACUUGCGACCAUCCAUGAGUAAAGUAGUCCAAAUGCUUGAAGGUCUAGCUCCUGUUCCACAGCCCCCAACAUCCUCUCAAAUAGGGUCCCGUCUUUAUUCAAGCCUUUUUAAGUCGAUGAGUGAGGAUGGUACUUCAUCAGGACCCUCAGAUUACAAUAGCGAUGCAUAUCUCUCAGAUGUACGCCUGUCAGGGCCCAGAUAGCUCAAGCUGUUUAUACAAAUGGAGGUUUAGCCAUUAAAACUCAGAUCCUUCAAAAAUAAAUCCAAACAUCUUUGAAGGUUAUACAUUGUGCCUCAUUGUA